UAUAAAUUUCAAAAAAUACGUAAAAUUAUUCAGAUAAAAUUUAAACAUUUAAAUAGUUGGUUCCAUAGAUUGAAAAAUCAUUGAUAUGCAUUUAAAAACUACUCUAAUUUUUUUUUUAGUAUGUUUUUUUACCAUUACUAAGGGCAAGGGACUUACUGGGACUCAAAUAGCGCACGUUAACGAGAUGUCGCAUUGGUAUUUUUGUAGUGAUCCUGAAAAAUUACAAAAAGUUUUAAAUAAAUUUGGUAUUCAUAAGGAAUUCUAUUAUAACAAUACAGAUACGAAUAAUAUAAGAGCCAUGAAGAUUCUGAUGUUUUUGGUUGAUAUUGAUAAGAUGGGUGAUGACCAACAGGCAGAGAAACUGAACAUAGAAGAUGUUCAAAAGAUCUGCUCUGAAUUCUGUAAGAUUCGUAAUGACGGAAAUGGUCUUAUUGAUAAGGAACAAUUCAUUGAAUUAAUUGAUACAAUUGAAUACGAUGGUCUUAUUGGAAACGCAGAGACACUGAACCCAACCGAUGAAAGUAAAAAUGAAGCUAUACUUCAUAUUAAGGAAGAUAUUAAUAAAGACUAUCGUAAAGAUUUCAACUUAGCUAGUGUAUUGUUCAAGAUAUUAUUACACAGAGCAACAUUAAAAAACACAACAUUUGGUUAUGAUAAAAAUGAUGAUUACUGGAAAAAUCUAUUUCAGGAAAUCAAUAAAUUAUUAAACGUCGAUUCAACAUCCAAUCAUUUAUUGAAUUAAAUUAUAAUGAUUUCAUUAAUUUGAUUUAAAUAUAGAAUUUUUUUUUUGUCGUGGA